AUGGCAUUGCAGCAGCAUUCUCGAGGCAAGAGCUCGAUGAUGUCCUCGGAUGGCAAUCCUCCAGAGAUGUCUAAGGCUGAAGCCAUUGCCAAGUUAGCUCCUUACAACAACGCGGCGCAAGGCCUCAUGAUGCUCGCAACCCAGGCGCCCUACCCUCUACCAGUGGGUGAAAUAGAAGUUUUGGUGUACAGUCCCAUGGCUAAGGUUAGUUACAUCUUCAAGAACGACAAACUGGCCCUCGGUGGAAGAACCACUCUGCGCGGUUUCGUUUUCGGCCUCCAGGGAUUGGUUGACCAGGCCUUUCGCAAGAAGGAGAUGGCGGGCGAAGCCGGCGAAAAAUCGACUGGCCCUCUCCCGCGUAUCAGCGGAAACCCAGUUUACCAGGGCGCCGAUCGUGAUCUGAAGACUGCUUCUGUUGAAGGAGUUAUUUGGAACCUUGACGCCGAGAUGACAUCCUACUGGAAUGAGGUCAAGACGCGCAUCCAACUUGGAGGCGUGGACGACAGCCCUCGCGAGAUCAAGAAGCCCUUGAUCAAAGUGUAUACCACAAGAAAGGGCGAGGCUGACGUCAUUCCGGGAGUGGACCUAUUUAAGGAACACAACGGCCAUUUCUUUAUUUCUAGCAGCACGUGUUCGCUACGUAGCUCUAUGCCGCCUGUUCAAGCAGCGAUGGGUCUCGACGCGAACGCGAAGGCAAAAUUUCGAGAGCACCCGAUCAACCCGGAACGUCCCAUGUUCGACUUGGGACAGACCGGUAGCUUCUCUCACAACACCGGCUUUGUUAACAACAAUUCCUUUGCGCAUACCAAGGCUCCAAAGCGUGUUCCGAAGAUGCCUCCCAAUAACGCAAACAAGGAGGCUAACGAUAUCAUGGGCAAGUUGAACGAGGUCGGCAACCCCUUGAAUCUUCAGGAGGGUGAGAUCGAGCUCGGAUUGAAGGUUUCCAACGUGGUCAAGGACAACAUGAAGGCAGGAGAGCAAGGCGGCAACGGCGAAGGUUCGAGCAAGAGUACUUCGAAGUCCAAUGUUGAAGGAUCCUACCAGGAGCACCUUUCUAGAGGCCGCAAGCCAGCGAAGGGACCUUCAGUCAACAAGCGCACGCAGGGAACCAAGAGAAAGGCUCGUCCAGACGAGAACUGGGGCAAAUAUCAACAUAUGGGCGGUGAUCCUUGUAUUCGCAAGGCGUGUGAUCUCUCAGGAGCACCAUUCGAGCCGGCCACUUCGAAGAAAUUGGUUAGUCCUGAGGACCCAAACAACCUCGACGCAGGCAAGGAUGGCGACACCGUCAAGUCGGUUGCGGAGGAGGCUGAUACCUCAAUCAAGAUGGUUAGUCAAAUGACCAGUGAGGAGAUGGCCACGGCUAUGGGAAUGUCGGACUACCAUGGGCUGCAUCGGGACAUGAAUGCCAGAGGUAUGAUCUCCCGCAUGGAUGCCGGCUUAGGUUUCACCGAGGAGGACGACUACCUGUUUGUCCCAGCCAUGGAAGCCAUCGAAGAAAACCCUUCUCUACGCCUAGAUCCGACGCGUGUCGACGCCCUCCUAGGUCUCGUCCCGCAAAACAAAAAGUUAGAGACCCUGCGUGCCCUUGGCAAUUCCCUUCUCUCUCCGGCUGCCCCGCCAAGUUCUUUGAACAACAGUCCGUACUUGGGCGCCCUUGGUGGUGUCGCUCCGCCUGCGGGCAUGUACAACACCUCCUCUAGCAUGGCUAGCACCCCAGGCUCCGGUCUUCCCAUUCAAAACCCAUAUCAAGCCACCAUGGGCCAGUCCGCGUCCUCAUCUCCCCUAACCAGUUGGCCUCAAAUGGCGGCGACUCCUCCUCUUGGCUUCUACGACACCACGACUCCGAGCGCUGAAUCUGGCAUGGGCAUGAACACGGGUGGUGGUCGACGCUCUUCCUUGGACAACUCUGCACGCACCCACUCUCGCUCCGGUACCCAAUCGAAUGUUGGUGGUGGCGCUUCUCUUCGCGUUGAAUCCCCAGCUUCCCACUCGGCGGCGACCCCCUCGGCUUCCAGAAGCAUGUUCUCUCCGCCUGUCACUGGACGUGGCCUCCAAGGUCAACAGCAAGCUGUUCUUCCAGGCCGCCAAUACGACGCUCCUGGUGCUCCAUGGGAGAAUGGACGGGGUUACCCAGGCCAACAGCAAGUUGGUCUUCCGGGCCGCCAAUAUGAUGCUCCUGGUGCUCCAUGGGAGAAUGGACGUGGUUACCCAGGUCAACAGCAAGCUGUUCUUCCGGGCCGCCAAUAUGAUGCUCCUGGUGCUCCAUGGGAGAAUGGACGUGGCUACCCAGGUCAACAGCAAGCUGUUCUUCCGGGCCGCCAAUAUGAUGCUCCUGGCGCUCCAUGGGAGAACGGACGUGGCUACCCAGGUCAACAGCAAGUUGGUGUUCAAGGCCAACAAUAUGGUGGCGCAUUGGAGAUGGGACGUACGGGCUCGCGUGCCAGCGAUCUUCACGGACAACAAGGCGGUGGAUCUCCUAGCGGACGUUCGGGUCCUGGUGCCAAUAGCUACGACUAG